AUGGGCUUCUGCCUAUUAGUUGCUAAAGGUGCUAGUGAACUCUACACCCAGAAUCAUUCCAACCGAAUCCGCCAGGGAGUCGUACUACUUAGUGUCCUCUGCCUCUUGGUCUCUUUCAGUGUAAGAACCAUACUGAGGAAUCAAGACUGGGAGACUGAAGAGAGACUUUAUGGCUCAGGAAUUAUAGUUAACCCUGCAAAAGCCUGGGGUAACCUCGCCAAUGUACUAAAUGGUCAAGGAAAAAAAGCCAGUGCUGAGAUUGCCUACAGAAAUGCACUACAAUAUCGUAGCAAUAUGGCAGAUGUGCACUACAAUCUAGGAAUUCUUUUACAAGAUCAAAAACGAUACAAUGAAGCCAUUGAAAGUUACAAAAUGGCCAUUUUGUGCAGACCUAAGCUCACCAUGGCUUAUCUCAAUUUGGGAAUUGUUUAUGCCCUCCUGGAGCGAUAUGAAGAAGCAGAAAAGAGCUACCGAGAAUGUGCAGGUAUAGAUAUUAAUGGCUUACGCGACCCAAGGCUUCAUGAAAGUACCAAAAUAUCAGCUCUCUACAAUUUGGGAAGGAUGUAUACUGACCUUCACAAAUAUCAGCUUGCCAUUGAUACAUAUAAUGAAGCCAUCCAAAGAGCUCCUGUCCAUUAUUCAAUGCAAAGUAUUUAUAAUAUGCUUGGUGAAGCUUAUUUCAAAUCUGGUAAUAUAGAAAAUGCUGAGAAUUGGUACAAAGAAGCAUUGCGAGUUAAACCCAACCACUUACCUGCUCAUAUUACAAUGGCAAAACUUCUACAGAGAAAAAAUCAAAUAGGCAAGGCAGAGAAAUGGUUUCUAAAAGCCUUAAUGAUUGACACUCCAGAGGGAACUGCACAUCAGCAUUAUGCUCAGUUUCUUGGAGAACUUGGAAGACAUGCAGAGUCAGUUGAGAUUUACAAGCAAGUGUUGCAAAAUAAUAGCAAUGAUUUUGAAUUGGUGUUUAACACGGCCAAUGCAAUGAGGCAAUCAGGAAACAAUGCAGAAGCAGAAGAACUUUAUCGCCGUGCUGCUGCUCUUAAUCCAAAAACAGCCACUGCUCACAUGAACCUUGGAGCCAUUUUACACUUGAAUGGAAAAUUGGAAGAAGCUGAAAGAAGUUACAAAGAAGCCCUGAGACUCAAACCUGAUGAUUCUAUGACCAAAGAUAAUUUAGCCAAAUUACAAAACUUGAUGCACAACCAAGCCAGAGUUGCUGUAAAAGUAUGCAUACACUCUCUCUCUCUCACUACAUAUCUCUCUCUCUCUCUCUCUUUUCUCUCUCUCUCUCUCACUACAUAUCUCUCUCUCUCUCUCUCAUAUCUCUCUCUCUCUCUCACUACAUAUCUCUCUCUCUCUCUCUCUCACUACAUAUCUCUCUCUCUCUCUCUCUCACUACAUAUCUCUCUCUCUCUCUCACUACAUAUCUCUCUCUCUCUCUCUCUCACUACAUAUCUCUCUCUCUCUCUCUCUCACUACAUAUCUCUCUCUCUCUCACUAUGA